GUAAUUUCUUUAUAAUUAUUGUACUGUAGAUGUUACGAAAAAGUGUUGAAACUCGCGACUGGUUACACACCAUCGAACCUAGGACCGUAAGGGCUGUUAUGAAAAGAGUUGUGGAAGAUAUGACUUCUAUUGAUUCGAUGGUUGCUCAAUUGUACGAAGACCAAGGGACUACAACAGAACACAGCAGCGAUUCGAGCAGAAAAACCCAUAGUAUUUCGGUUUCAAGACAUCAAUACCGAUCGAAUUGGUCGAGUUAUACACCGAGUCAUUUAGAUUCGACGAUAGUAUCGAAUAUACACAAAUUAUUCAGCGAAAGAAUCGAAAUAUUCUCAACAGUGGAAUUCAAUAAAGUGUCCAUUUUGACUGGCAUUAUCAAGAUAAGCCUAAAGACUUUUAUGGAAUGUGUUAGACUGAAAACGUUCAGUAAGUUUGGACUUCAACAAAUACAAGUUGAUACUCAUUAUUUACAGCUGUAUUUGUGGCGUUUUGUUGCAGAUGAAAAUUUGGUCCAUUUUCUUUUGGAUGAAAUAUUAGGGUCUGCUGUACAUAGAUGUCUCGAACCAGUUCUGAUGGAGCCAAGUAUUGUGGAUAUUAUUUGCGAAAGGGGUUGAAAAAAUUACAUUCCAACAACAUAACUAGUGUUUUAUGAAGUCAAAAUAAUUUAUUU